ACCCCUUAUCUUUUGUUUUUUUAUCCUCAGCUUCUACAAACACACUCACAGAGACACACAAAACAAAUCCCAAAGAUUCAGAAAGAAGAGAGUGAAACAACAAUGGCGUCGACGACUCUCUCAAUCGCAACAACAAUCCGUUCCUCUUCUCCUCUCACUUCCGCUACCACCCAUCACUUCCCUUCCAAACCUACCGCAAUCGAAUUCCCAUUUCGUCUCAGUUCUUCUAGCCACCGUGCAAUCAACCUCCGUCCAAUCGCCGCCGUCGAAGCUCCGGAGAAAAUCGAGAAAAUCGGAUCCGAAAUCUCAUCCCUUACCCUCGAAGAGGCUCGUAUCCUCGUCGACUAUCUCCAAGACAAGUUCGGUGUCUCCCCACUCUCUUUAGCCCCUGCUGCAGCGGCUGUUGCAGCUCCGUCAGACGGUGGCGCGGCGGCUGUAGUGGAGGAACAGACCGAAUUCGAUGUGGUUAUCAAUGAAGUUCCGAGUAGUUCGCGUAUUGCAGUGAUUAAAGCUGUUAGGGCUUUGACUAGCUUGGCGUUGAAGGAAGCUAAGGAGCUAAUUGAAGGAUUACCAAAGAAGUUUAAAGAAGGUGUGACUAAAGAUGAAGCUGAAGAAGCUAAGAAGACCCUUGAAGAAGCUGGUGCUAAAGUCUCCAUUGCUUAAGUUUCUUCAACAAUCGGAAAAAAUGUGAUCUUUUUCGGAAUUUAUGAAUCUUUUUGUGUUGUUUAGUAUAGUUUGUGUUUGAAAUUGUUGAUUCAGCUUUGAGAAAUUGUUGUACUUUGAAUCAAUUUGGUUUCGUAUUUACGGAUUUUGUCUUCAA